CGGAUCGUUCGGCGCGGUCUCGACAGCUUUGUCUGCCAUUUCUAAGGGAUUUAAGGUGAUAUAGGACAAAGAUGGCUGGAAAGGCGUGGGAUUUAGGGAAUAAAGCUGCACGAGAUAACAGAAAGGUCAGAGAAGUGAUGCGGAAGAGACAGAAGAAGAGGCGGAAGACCGAUUGAUAUCGGUCAAGGGCAAGACUGCUAGCCCGGGUAAAGAGCCGAUGAAGGGAGAGUGAGGCUGAGUCGCAGCUACGACGUCAGUAUGUGCAGUGAAUCCUGAGUCACGGUGUGGCAGAAUUGAUGCCCAAGUGAAUGAAGCAUCUGAAUGCAGAGGUGUGAUGUUAUCCAUCGAUGCUGAUCAUCUUCUAACAUUCUUCUACUUCUUCCCUUCCAUCCUUCGACUAAGUCGUCCGCUCUUCGCCAGCACUUCCUUCGACAAUGAGACCACGACGUCGCGAGCCUGUACCUAUUCCCUCCAUCCAUGUCCAGAAUGCUAGCUCGCGGCGCCCGGUUCGAGUCACUCGCGGCGACGACGCGGUCCUCCUUCGCCUAUCGAGUGACUCGAUCUCCAGAGCAAAGGACCGUGGACUCGCAAUCUUCCAACCGGCCUUCACUUUGGUUGCGAGUCCGUGGUGUCUAAUUCGCAGUCUUUCGCUGUGGUGGUGUAGCUUGGGUAGGUUCGCAGCGCUACUGGAUACUAUGACACGGCUGAGACUGAACCGUCCGGAGUGUGGUCUUUUGCGUUGAUGCUGUGUUGAAAUGGUGGUAGCCAUGGCGGUUUGUUCUUUCCGAAAAGGAGCAUCCGCACCUUCCUACAAUACAACCUAUGCUGCCCUUUUGUUUUCGAUUGUUCGGACUCUACUAUCUUCUCGUUUUCUGAUUUUCUCCUCGAAACCAUGUCUGAUGUCUUUCGGACCACACAAUACAAAGCAUUCAACGACGAGCUAGUCCGCAGAGUCGACGAAGCUCGGACUAUAUCGUCUCACUUCACAUCUAUCACGGACACAGCAAAGAAUACUCUGAAAGUCAUUUUUGAGCAGAAGCUGUACGAAAAGUUCUUCGUCUAUACCACUCAAUCCUUUAUCGACGUCUUCUUAAGCCCAACUCCUCCAACCCUUGCCGACCUCCUACGUCUACCAGCCGUCUCGCUAUUUGACAGAGAUGUCUUAGACUGUUCUUAUGUGGUGUACAUUGUGGUAUUGAUCAAGGACGGUGUCGUCUCCUUUCGCCUAUACGUUGGCUCUGCUUCGGACACGAGUUACGGAGCAUGGCGACGGCUGCAAGAUUACGAAACUGGGAAACAAAUGGCUAUGCAUGUCCAAGAGAGCCUUGACCAAGGGUUCGAGAUCCAUCACCACGGAAUUGCACUCCUUGCAUCUCGUAAGCAUACCGACGCUACAGGAAACCUUCGUUCAUGGAUACUCGCACUUGAGGCAGUAGUGACCUACUCUCUCUGGACCCAAUGGCAGGGGCCAAAAUCGAGACCCCACCAGGAUCAUUACAUGAGACCACUUUGUCGGUGGGACGUUGACAACCUCGGAUAUCUUGGUCUUAAUACUCAGAACCCUCUAGGCGAGCCUGUAAGUAGGGGGGACGACGGUCUGAGUGCAAGUGCACGAAGCUAUCGAAAGACAAAACACGCACUUGAUCAAUACGAGGCUGGGGAGCUUUCGUCAUCAGACGAAACAGUCCAGAACGCAUUGAGACUUCGGCAAGACCGUCGUAACCGUCAAGGAAAGAAGAAAGACGUACUUAAGAAAUACGAUGCUGGGGAGCUUUCGUCCUCGGACGAAGUAGUCCAAGACGCAGUGAAAAUCCGGCAAUACCACCGUGACCGAGAUGGAAAUAGGAAGGACGUACUUAAAAAAUACGAUGCUGGGGAGCUUUCGUCAUCGGACGAAGCAGUCCAAGGUCCAUUGAAAAGACGGAAUCAAAAGAUCAAGCGUGACCGAGAUACACAAAAUCUUCUACGCCAGUGGCAAACUGGUGCAUUGAAGGAACCAACCCCGGACGAGAUGGUCCGCAUUGAUGGAGCAAUCCGGAACAGGAAAUCCUCCAGGGCACGAUGGGAUAAACUCAAGGAGGACAAUGUUGUGGAGAAGGCCAAAGCGAACAUGGAGAAGUGGGGUAUGAAGAUGUACGAAAAGAAGAUUCGAAAGCAGGCGCGAGACUUCUACCGCCGCGGGGGGUGGUCACCGUCCGAGCGACCGGCGAAAGUGGAUGAGGCUAUCCGAGAAUUCAGACAGCUGGGUCAUAUUGAAUAUGCAAAGCUACACGCUGCGAGACAAUACAAGAUGAAGGGUGAGGGGUCCGAGAUGGUGGCUCGUACUGCGAGCUCAGCGAACACGAAGGACGUCCAAGACAUCCAAGACGAUCGUGUCCUGAGUGAGGAUGAUGAUAUUGGCGACGAUAUCGAAUUUGAAGACGAGCAUGUCUUUACCGAGGAUGUUGAUCCUGACGACGACAUGGAGUUCGAACACGACAUUGUGUCUGCCAAUAAAGCAUACAAUGACCAUCGCAUGGAGAUACCAGACUCGGAAAACGAUGAUGUCUUGAAUGAGGAUGAUGGUGCUGACGACGGUCUUGAGCCAGAGGACAAUAUUGUCUUUUCCGAUGAGCUAUACCGGGAACAUCGCAUGGAGAUACCAGACUCAGAAGACUCCGACUCGGACUGGAACGGCAAGGACUGAGACAUUUCCGUCCAAUCUAGCAGGGAGGGCUGGAUCUUCUCGUGUGCUCGGUCAUCUACAUAUGGGCUGGGAUGUUCGUCGUAGGCGCUUCUCAGAAGCCAUCUUCACGUCCUGGACACUGAGCCUCCAGUGUCUCCCUCGAUCGUGUCUAAGGUAGGCAUGUUACGGAGUACCGCUCAUCCAUACCAUAGCCAUGAUGCGACAAUCUGAUCAAUAUGAAUGUCUCAUUGCAUUA